AUGUCUGACGACAUGAACCAAGGAAGAAACAUGGAAACAGAGGCCGAGGAAGAGGAAGAGAUGGUUCCUCAAUCCGAGUCGGAAAAACAAAUGUCCCUCAGAAACGGCAACGUCAGUAAUCAAGACCUGGCUCCAGUCAAGAACAACCCGCAGCAGCAGCAAGUCGUUCAGCCCCAGCCUGAAUACCAGCCUAGGCCCGAGCAGCCCCGCAUUCCCCAACGUGCUGAGGGCUACAGGACCUCCGCUAUACGAGAGUCUCGUAUCAAAGACCGGCCAGUCAGUAAAACUGGGGCGUCGGACAGCGCAUUGAAGAUUAAGAUCGAGCUUGACUUGGAAGUUGAGGUUGAUCUUUAUGCUAGAGUUAAGGGCGAUGUUACAAUUGGGUUGAUGUAG